AUACCACUUCCUCUUCCUGAAGUAAAAGGUCCUCAAGCAAACAUAUUGCCCCAUAGACCAUUUUAUCAACCCUUGCAAAAGAGAUGAUUUCCUGAGUACGGUGAAAAAAAUUGAAAGUAAGGCUGAGGUCCUUCCACUCCCCCUCCCCUAUGGCUUCGGGGACAUCGUGGAAACAGCUCUGCUUGGGCCAGGCUCCGUGUGUCAGGAGUGUGGUGGGGGAGAAAGAGAAUACUGAGGAGAUAGCGGGAUGAGAGCCAGCGAAUCUCAAAUCUAAGUGUGCCUCAGCAUCGCCUGGAGAACCCGUUUAAGACGAACUGCCUGGGCCCCGCCCCGGGCCGAGGAGAUGGUGGGGAAACUGAAUGUUAAGUGGCAUCGGGCUUGGAACCAAACGAAAACCAGUUCUGUGUCCUUGGAGGACCACAGUCCAGUCAGAGAGCCCCUGGCGAAACCUGGCCACAGCUAGCGUCCCCGUGGGACAGACGUACAGUACACAGGCUGCUGAAGACCAGAAGGAAGAGCCCCUGCACUCGAUCAUAAGCAGCACGGAGACCGUCCAGGGUUCCGUUUCCAAGCACGAGUUCCAGGCCGAGACAAAGAAGCUUCUGGACAUUGUUGCUCGUUCCUUGUACUCUGAGAAAGAGGUGUUCAUCCGGGAGCUGAUCUCCAACAGCAGUGAUGCCCUGGAGAAACUGCGGCACAAGCUGGUGUGCGAAGGCCAGACGCUGCCGGAGAUGGAGAUCCACCUGCAGACCGAUGCCGACAAGGGCACCAUCACCGUCCAGGACACCGGCAUCGGAAUGACACAAGAAGAGCUGGUGUCCAACCUGGGAACAAUCGCCAGAUCGGGGUCAAAGGCCUUCCUGGAUGCGCUGCAGAACCAGGCUGAGGCUGGCAGCAAGGUCAUCGGCCAGUUCGGCGUGGGCUUCUACUCCGCCUUCAUGGUGGCCGACAGGGUGGAGGUGUUCUCGCGGUCCGCGGCCCCAGGGAGCCCGGGCUUCCAGUGGCUUUCGGAUGGCUCUGGAGUGUUUCAAGUCGCCGAGGCUUCCGGAGUCAGACCUGGGACUAAGAUAAUCAUCCACCUCAAGUCAGACUGCAGAGAGUUUGCCGGCGAGGCCCGGGUUCGAGAUGUGAUAACAAAGUACAGUAAUUUCAUCAGCUUCCCCGUGUACCUCAAUGGAAGGCGCAUGAACACCCUGCAGGCCAUCUGGACAGUGGACGCGAAGGAUGUGAGCGAGUCGCAGCAUGAGGAGUUCUACCGCUACGUCGCCCAGGCUUACGACAGGCCCCGCUACACACUGCACUACAGGACUGACGCGCCCCUCAACAUCCGCAGCAUCUUCUACGUGCCGGAGACGAAGCCGUCCAUGUUUGACGUGAGCCGGGAGCUGGGCUCCAGCGUCGCCCUCUACAGCCGCAAAGUCCUCAUCCAGACCAAGGCUGCUGACAUUCUGCCCAAGUGGCUGCGCUUUGUCCGAGGUGUGGUGGACAGCGAGGACAUCCCCCUGAACCUCAGCCGGGAGCUCCUCCAGGAGAGCGCGCUCAUCCGGAAACUCCGGGACGUUUUGCAGCAGAGGCUGAUAAAGUUCUUCGUGGACCAGAGUAAGAGAGACCCUGAGAAGUACGCCAGGUUCUUUGAAGACUAUGGCUUGUUCAUGAGGGAGGGCAUUGUGACCACCACUGAGCAGGAGGUCAAGGAGGACAUAGCAAAGCUGCUGCGCUACGAGUCCUCGGCCCUGCCCGCUGGGCAGCUGACCAGCCUCAUGGACUACGCCAACCGCAUGAAGGCCGGCACCCGCAACAUCUAUUACCUGUGCGCGCCCAGCCGGCACCUGGCUGAGCACUCGCCCUACUACGAGGCCAUGAAGCAGAAAAACAUGGAGGUUCUCUUCUGCUACGAGCAGUUUGAUGAGCUCACGCUGCUCCACCUGCGUGAGUUCGACAAGAAGAAGCUGAUCUCCGUGGAGACAGACAUUGUUGUCGAUCACUACAAGGAGGAGAAGUUUGAGGACGGGUCCCCAGCUGACGGGCGUCUGUCAGAGAAGGAGACUGAGGACCUGAUGGCCUGGAUGAGAAACGCGCUGGGGUCACGCGUCACCAAUGUGAAGGUGACCCUCCGACUUGACACCCACCCGGCCAUGAUCACGGUGCUGGAGAUGGGGGCCGCCCGGCACUUCCUGCGCAUGCAGCAGCUGGCCAAGACCCAUGAGGAACGCGCCCAGAUCCUCCAGCCCACGCUGGAGAUCAACCCCAGGCACGCGUUGAUCAAGAAGCUCAGUCAGCUGAGAGCAGGCGAGCCUGAGCUGGCCCAGCUGCUCGUGGAUCAGAUCUACGAGAAUGCCAUGAUAGUGGCAGGGCUUGUGGACGACCCCAGACCCAUGGUGGGCCACCUGAACAAGCUCCUCACCAAGGCCCUGGAGAAGCACUGAGGGGACAGUGGGACUGUGUGUGCUGUCACCAGGACAUAAGGAGGGCCAGACAAAGAGCUGAGACCACCA